AAAAUCAUCAGAUGUGAAAAUAAGUAGAUCAAUGUUUCUUAGAAAGGGCACAGAAUCUAACAGUACAGUAAUAAAUAUGUCCAAUGGACAGCAAGAAGCGUCAGAAACAAAGGAAGAAAGACUAGAUAUCAUGGGAAUACCUCUUCACGCCUUGUCUACAACACAACAAUUUGGCGUUUGUUGUGGAGGUGUUCUGUUAUUUUAUCUCAUUUAUGGCUAUGURCAGGAAUGGAUCUUCAGAAUCGAGGGCUUCAAACCCUAUGGUUGGUACCUGACCCUUAUACAAUUUGGAAAUUACUUCAUAUUUGGAAGYAUACAAAGAGCAAAAUUUGAAAAYGAACCAAGAAAGAUUCCUUUGAAAACUUAUGUAGGGCUGGCAUUUUUGACUGUCUCAACCAUGGGACUCUCUAAUUCAUCUCUUGGUUAYCUUAAUUAUCCAACCCAGGUUAUUUUCAAAAGCUGUAAACUUAUUCCUGUCAUGUUUGGAGGAAUUCUUAUUCAGGGCAAGAAGUACAAACCAAUAGAUUUUAUGGCCUGUUUAUGUAUGAGUAUUGGCUUGAUUUUAUUCACAUUAGCAGACAGCAAGCUUCAACCCAAUUAUAACUAUACAGGUGUUGUCUUAAUAUCACUAGCAUUAUGUGCUGAUGCAAUCAUAGGAAAUGUCCAGGAAAAAGCAAUGAAAUCAUAUGGAAGUACAAGUACUGAAGUGGUUUUGUACUCAUAUGGCAUAGGGUUUAUUUACAUUCUUUGUGGCUUAACWGCAGCUGGGCAGCUAUGGGAUGCAAUUGUUUUYUCAUCCCAGAAACCCUUUCAAGUGUAUGGAAUGGCAUUUUUAUUCUCUAUCAGUGGCUAUUUAGGAAUAUUAUUUGUGUUGAUGUUGGUGAGGAUUUUUGGUGCUUUAACAGCAGUYACAAUUACGACCUUUCGCAAAGCAGUCACAAUUGUAAUGUCAUUUUUAUUCUUUACUAAACCUUUUACAAUGCAAUAUAUUUGGUCUGGUUUCGUUGUUGGCCUUGGAAUAUUUCUUAAUGUGUACAGUAAAAACCAGUCCCAUUUCAAUGCURUAUUUAUGAAUUAUACAAUAUAUUUUUCAUCAUUUCUACGUCCAAAACCCAAAACCAGAACUGUAAAUGUAUAACUUUUAAACUACAAUUCUUGUAUUUCUAAUAAUUGCAAUUAAUAUAUAACUUUUACUACCCACAAAUCAAUAUUUAUUGAUAACAGAUGUAUCAAAUAUGCUUGUAACUUAUCCAGUUAUAUUUUUACAAAUAUUUUGAGCAUACAAUUUGCAACCUCUKGCUUAAUUCCCCCAGUUCUAUUGUCAUCUUAUGACACUGGCGACAUAGUGAAGUGCAGUUUCAAAUAUUCUAGGAAUAUUUAAUGUCCAAAGACAUUCAAAUAGAAGUUCUGUAUUUAAUAARAGGUUAAAAACCAAUUAAAAGUACAAUUUUCCAAACA